AUGCCUCUCAGGAAAACCGGUCAGGCUUGGGAGUUGUGGGGUAGAGAGAAGCGAGAGUGCUGGCUGGAGGUCAGAUCAGCGCAGGCUCCGCAAGCAGGCCGAGGCGCGGCUUUAACGCUGGUCAAUGCGGAGGCGCCUUUCCGCAUGUGGAGAAAUCAGUCUGAGUGUAUGGAAUAUUGGAAGCACACGAGAAUGGAUGGUAUUGAGCAUACCACAAUGUUGAACUCGGACAAAAGAGUUGAAUAG